AUGGCAUUUUCAUGCUAUAUUCGCCUCGGCAGCUCUAGGUAAUAUAAGUUUAGAUUCAUAAUCUCAAUUUUAGCUGGUAUUGGAUUUCACCUGUAGAUGGAACAAAUUAAAGUGAGAAAAGAGACUUUUGGCAGAAAUUAUGCAUAGCUUGAUUAAGUUCUUGGCAAAUUUCAUAAGGAGGCACUAGGUGAAGAUACCAGCAUCAAUGUCUAUGGAUACCCUGAUAUAGGAAACAACAUAUAUGCAGAUCUCUUGCCAUAUAAGGAUUGGAUUAAAAUUAAUAAUGCCCAAAGAUGCCAUGAAAAUCUAGUCUAAUAAAUGCCCAUUGUAUUUUGCAACACUUUCAUAGGGAUAUUAUCAUUCCCAAAAUUUACUCUAGGAUUGCUGUACACCUAUAUCUUUCUCAGAUUUUUCCAUAUUCAAGGAUAUUUAGGUUUUAGGGGAUACAAUAAAGCUAUGGCUGUAGAGGAGUUUUCAAAGUUACUAGUAAUUAUUAUGGCAGUUAAUGGAAUUGUAAGCUCACUAAGUUUACUUGGUGUUGGUGGCAGAUUUAAUCUAUUCAGAAGAUUCAUGCCUAACAGUUUAAGAAAACCAUGA